AUGCAACAGCUUAACUCUAGGUCCAAGCGGCCUAGGUCUCACACGAAGCAUGGUACGCCAACCCUAAGGAACCCGGAGGAACCUCCCAAAGAGACAAGUUGGCGCUCUUGGACUUUCGCAUUCCGCGAGGCCUCAUAAUACGAACUUACAAUGAAUGAGUCAUGCUUGCGCAAGCAACCAUGACUAGUGUGGUCUCAUACCUCUCCCCCGAAGGGCAAAUGUCUUUAGGUUGCGUGCAGCGGGUUUCCCACUGCCGGUACUAACCCUCCCGGGCUUUCCACACGACGGGUACUGACACCACUUCACGGCACUCCGCUAGGAGCACUGCCUAAUUACAUGGCGAAGUAUGACCGGAUAAUGUAAUCUGUACCAAGCACAACCGAGCGUUGAAUUUUCUCUAGAAUCCGAGGAAUGUUCGGAUUUUCGAGUAACUCUGCAAGGUGGGGCACAAAUUGCAUGUGUACUUCCCCUGUUGGCGAGAUAAUCAUAGGGAAUACCUUCACACCCCCAGUAAACUGAGGAUACAAAACCCUUAUCUCGUUAGCAAGGUUCACACCAGGCGGAUAUGGUAUGCUCUCACUGAACUCGUGAUUACUGUUCACUGCAUACCUGUUGAGCUUGUUAUUUCACUUCAUGCCCUACUAUGAUUCUUGCCAGCCUUGAGGAAACUUGACGUUGUCUGGCGCAACUAUUCGCACCGCCACCCUGCAGAAGCUCAACAAGUUGAAGAGGAGCUUAUGGAAUUGGAUAAUCAAGAGCCUGAAGACCAGCCCGGCGCCUCCAAUGUAAAGGACAACCCCUCCAAGGACAAGAAGGCCAAGUCGAAGAAGUCAAGUGCAGAGGAAGAUCAAGCUAAGUAA